AUGGCUGACUCCGCAACAUCCGCAGUGCCUGCUAUUAACUUCAACCUCGUCGUUGGUCCCCUCCUCAUAGGUACUGUCGUCAAUGCCUUUGUAUUCGGGAUUUGCUUUUUGCAAUUCAUCGAGUACUUCUCUGCGGGCUACAAGGAUAACUGGAAGCUCGUUGCACUCCUCGUAUGGGUCACCCUCAUCGACAUAUACCAGACGGGUUCAACAGUCGCGUUAAUGUGGCAUUAUGUCGUCGAUAACUUCAGCAAUGUUAUUGCGCUGGCUUCCUCACCCUGGACAUAUGCUUCACUACCGAUCUUCAGCACUCUUGCGGCCGUGCCGAUCCAGCAUUUCAUGGCAUGGAGAAUUAUGCGCUUCUCCAAGUCGAUCUGGCUCUUCAUUUUCAUCUCUGUACUCUCCCUGGGCCAGGGCGCAUUAGCUUGCGCAUCUGCGACGAUGGGCUUGCUCUCUCCGACGAUCGCCUCUCAUGUGAAGAUCAUUCCUGUCGCAGAUGCAUGGCUGGCUACGUCUGUCGCAUGCGACGUUAGUAUUACUGUCCUCCUGUUAUUCUACCUUAACAAGAGUCGCACGGGCUUCAAGAGGACCGACUCGAUCAUCUUCCGACUUUCUCGCAUUACGGUGGAGGCCGCUUUACCCGUGACUAUUCUCUGCAUCAUGGACCUCAUUUUCCUGACCAAGCUCCCCAACUACAACCUCCACUUCAUGUGUGCCAUGCCGGUCGGGCGCCUCUACACUAACACAUUACUGACUACCCUGAAUGCUCGUGAGAGUCUCCGGAAGACUAUGGAGAGCAGUGUACACAACAGCUACCAGCUUGGCUCACGUAACCUCACAGGUCGAGUGACGGGUGGCGGCCGUACUACGGAAGUUCACAUUAAUGUCGAACAGGAUGUGCGAAUGGAUCAAAUGAAGUCUAUCCCAGAAUUUACCUCUCACUCUGGCGAGGACUUCUAUUCAGUCACACCAUCGUCCAUCGACGACAAGGCUAACUUUGCAUAG